AUGUCAACAAAUUCGCCUCGUCCUUUCACAACAGUAGCGGGAAAUGGGUUACGACCAUACUACACCCCGGGGCUAAACACAAAUAAUAACUACACUACUGUACCUGAUGCUCAAAGCGUCGCUAUGCCUUACGCCUCCAACAAUUAUGAUGAUUUGAUCGAUUCCAAAGCUGCAGCUCGGGAGCUUAUUAAUUUUAUAGUAUUGAAGUAUAUGACUUCAGCUGUCAGUAGUCCAUUCGAAGUGUCCAGAACAUUGUUGCAAGUGCAAUAUAUGCCGCGUGGAAAUAAAGAAUUGUCUUCAUUUUCGCAAACGAACAAUUCUGACAAGGGUUACUCAGAUAAUGAAGAAGAACAGUUUAGUAGUGACUCAGGCGAGGAAGAAGAGGAAGACAUCGAAGAAGAAUUCUUUGAAAAUGCUCGAUAUAGAAGAAGAAAACAUCACUCGGACGAUGACAAUUUGAAUUCAUCAACGUUAAAUGUGGAUGACCCUGUAUUCAAGCAAAAAAUGGACGUGGAUGCCAGUGGAUAUGUGGUUCAAACGAGUGUUUAUGACGAGUCAACACGACCACCACAUCAAAUGAAGCCCAUUGAAGGCGGCGUAUGGAGCGGUAUAAAGAAACUCAUGAAGCAACCACACGAAGGGUGGCGCUCACUGUUUAAAGGACAAUAUACCAAUUGGCUUUAUGACAUUUCACAUUUAUUCUUACAGCCGACAUUGGAAGGAAGUUUGAAUGAUCUAUUCGGAUUAUACGAUGACACUAUCCCGCUUGUACAUUUAGAUAAUGUGGGUCCCAAUUUGGCCACAUUGGUAGCGAGUAAUUUACUAGUAGGUGUGUUUUUAAGUCCAUUGGAGCUUAUCAGAACAAGGUAA